GUGUUUUCUUUUUUUUGUUGUUUCUAAAGGUCAUUUAAAUUUCCUCAAAAAGUAGUUACGCUAUUAGGUAACUUUCUCUUGAAUUACAAUAAAUCUAAGCAAAUCAACAUGGUCUGCUUCGGAGGUUAUUGUAGAUGCAGAUUGGUGCUUCACGUUCGUACUUUGUAUUUCUAUCAAUAAUGAGUUUUUGGAACUUGAAAGUCCGCUAGAUUUGUAACAGACAGGGCGAAAAUAUGAGCAUAAAUCGAAAAAAGAAUGUAUGACCACUCUACCUCAGUCUAUAAUAACUCCUGCCUCAAAGUCCCUAGAGAUUCCAAGCUGGACCAACCGCUUCCUCUUUAUGAAAAAGAGUUUGAUCAUCAUUUGAAUAAUACAAUGAGGAAGCUUAGUUUGCAAUCAGAUACCAGUGCAACUAAGAAGAGAUAUGUGGACAAGCAGACAACAAAAUCAUUCCUGGAUUUCAUCAGCAACAUACCUGAAUACGAUGAAAUUAAUCAUUUGUCCAAUAAGGAAUUUUAUAAACAGCUGGAAAACUUGAAGGAAAAGCGAAGGUACUACGAAGAAUGUCUUAGAAAUGAAAUAAAGUUUGAUUGCAAAGACUCCGAAUGGAUCGAAGAUUACAAGAACCUUAAAUUAGGUGCCAAAAAUGCCAAAAAUAAGAAAAAGAGAACCAGCAAAUCAUUUUGCACCUCUCCGUUACUGAAUGCCAAUCCUGAUACUGCCAAAGUAUUACAAAGUUUGGACGUGGAAGUAUUCUCAGACAAAGAAAUCUCAAACAAACCUCCAUCUAGGAGAUCCGUCCGUAUCGAAACUCCAAGUGACAAACUAUCCACAAAUCUCACACCAGAAUACUUCAGACCAAAGUCCAGAGCCAACAUUUCUUCCACGUCUCCAAAAACUAAAUACAACGCAGAAUGGGACGACUUGAGCUUGGAAAAUCUAAAGCUAGAUUUGGAGGAAAGCACGCCACUGCCAGUUGAGACGAAAAGCGCUCCCUGUAGUCCUGUUAGGCAGAAACCAUCUGCACAGUGGAACGAUAAUGUGGGAAUUACUAUACCAAAACCAUUUCAGAUGACAGUGAGAGAUGAAGAGUUAAAGAUAGUUGACGAGCUAUACGGUAAAAUAAGAAAACCAAAUGAAAAGCCAGAAAUGUUCAAAGCUCAUGAUGUGCCAAUAGAAUCACAAGUUCCACUGUUUGACAAAAUCAUGGCUGACCAGGAAAGGAGGAGCUUCUUAACUAAGCGAAGAAGGAAAGCUGAACUGCAAGCACAAAUGAAACCGUUUUCCUUUACCAAAAGAGAUGAAGAAAUACAGGAGCUGACCAGAGAGUUAUCUAGAUCCACUCCGAACUUGUAUUACGAGCCUCCGUUGAAAAUAAAAAAAUUCAAAGCCAAACCAAUCCCGAAAAAUCUUUUCAGUAACUACAUUUACAAAAAGAUGCAUGAAGAUGAGUUUUAUAGGGCUUUACAGAAGAGAAUACGAGCAGAAGAAAUGUUAAGGGCUGCAUCUUUACCUCCGUCGAUGGCAAAAAGAGAAAAGAGUAAGCCAAAAAUGGAUGUAUGUCCCAGGUCAUAUCGCGAUAAUGAGAAGGAAGAGAAGUCUUUAAGAAAAGUUGGAAAAAUACCCAAUUUUAAGGCAUAUCAUGACCAAUUAGAGAGGGAACUCGAAGAACUCAAAAAUGAGUUUAUUAGCACCAGUCCAAAACCUUUUAAAUUCAAAACAUCAAAAAGGAAUGACAAAAGAGGUAAACGAAGCUACAGACAUUCGUCAGCCAGUAGCAAGAGCUCUUCAACAAAAACACCAUCUUCUAGUUCGUUAGAUGUUGUUCCGUCCUUGAAUAGGUCAAACUUAGCUGCGGUUUUAAGGAUUCAGUCAGCAAGGAGAAAACUGGAGAUGGACAUGCUAAGAAAGCUAGAAGAGGCAAGACUAAAGGAAGAGGCAAGAUGGAAGGAAAAGCUGAUGCGAAAAAAACCAGUUUGGCAGGCUCUGGCUUAUAGUCAUGAAGAGGACUUAGCUGUGAGACUGCACCUGAGGAGAGAAGAAGAAAGGUUACGAAACGAAGAAUUUCGAAACAGGAUGCAAAUGAUGCUGGGGAGAGUCAAUCGACAGCCUACAUUGUUUGAAAGACAAUCGCAGAUAAAAUACCCAAAAACGAAGGACGAGCUGGUUGAGCAGCUCUACAAUGACUAUGGUAUCUCUAAAAAGUCGCGGAAAAAACUUCUGACUGCUUCUGAAAUGAGAUCACUGGUGGAAAUGAAAGACGAGGCAAUUCAAGCAUUUUUAGAGGAAAACGAUAAGUAUGGUGCAGUGAGGAUCAAUAAAAAUGGUAGCUUUGAAGAAAAGGAGAAAUGUGAAUGCUCUAGCGACUGAGUGAAGUAUUUCUGUUUCGUAUAUUUUAUCGAUUUUCCAGAGAAAUUUUACCCACAGUGGAAUGUACCCAAUACAUCAAAUGACCAUCAUAUUCACUAGGCUCUGUAGUCAUAAGCAUUUUGUAGAUGAUGGUAGAAAAGGUUACCAAAAGAAAGUCAGUUUAUAUGCUACUCAAAUUUUACUUUUUUUCGCAUAAAUAAGAAAAUAUAAAGUGUAUUAUUUUCUUCAGGUGUAACAUAUAUAAUAUUUUAUAUUACGUGUACUUAUUUUAUAAAAAGUUAUUGAUCUUUAUUCCAUUUUGACUUGUUGCCAAUUAUGUUACAAAAUGUUUACACAUAUCUAAUGUUUCGUCAAACAUAUUUGUCUUUUAAGCUUAUUUGUUAUUAUCUAAAAUGAUAAUUAACAGUAUUAUGACACUAGCAACUUGAAAAUUCCCAAUAAACUUAUAACUGUCACUCCCACUUCAGUUAUUGUAUUAUUGUAUACUUUUGGCGAAUUGCAACAGCAUAAAUGAAGCAGUUUGUUUGCUUUAUGAUUAGGGAUGCACCAAAUCGAGCACUACUUUUUUCAAAAAGCCAUGAACCGGGUACUCGGUGGAGUUGGUGUUGGCUUAUUUCAGCUUAUCUUAGUGUUAUUCAGAUUCCAUUUGAGUUUUUGAAAGGUCCCUUCAUUCUUAAAAUUGAUUUACUUUUCUGUUGUAUAGCUUAAACCAUUUUUUGUAAAGUUGUGCGUCGUUAAGUGUAUUAACGGUAUUUUUAAGUGUUGUUUUCCAAAUAUUUAAGAAUACUGCAACAGUUUGAUAUACGUUCGUCGACAUGGAAUUCAAUAACUACAACUUGAGUUAAAUCUAAACUAUAUCUUGACAUUACAUUUUUGGAAUAGUUGUUUUUGAUUUACUUUUCAGUCCUUCCUAGUACAAAAAAUCACAUCACAUUCAAAAAUAUAACUCAUAUCGAAAACUUAAAGCACAACUUUUUUAAUACGGGCAGCGAAAGGCCAAAAGCUGAUCAAACAAAAAAAUAUCUAUUAGAAUCGCUGCGAUGUCAUAGCCUUCAGCAACACCAAAUUAAAAUCGUAUGGGUUUCUCAAACUUAAUUAUCCUUACAUAUGGGUAAAUAUUUUCUCUGCAAAAACGCGAGAUUUUCGUUAUUCACUUUACUUUUCGACUUUCGUUGCAUUUUCUUUACUUUGUAUAGUGGUUUAUGUUUUUACUGGAGAAAGACCAUAAAGCAGCUAACAUUUACUAAGAAAUUAUUCAUUAGUUCCCUAAUUCCUGCAAAAAUAUGCUAACUAUUUUUUGAUGGUGCAUCAAUUUCUUGGAGAACAUAUCAGGAACGUUUGAGAGAGCUGUAUGCUUGUGUAAAUCAAGGCUGAGUAAUUUAAUACACCAAGAUUACUCAGUGAAAUACGCCGAGUAUGCCGAGUACCAAGUACAAACUAAAUAUUUGGUGCAUCCCUAGUUAUGAUAUGUAAUAUGGGGUAAGUCAAUGGACUCUUAUAGGUACCCAUUCUGGAUCCCUUCUAAAACUUGUGAUCAUAGAAAAACAAUGGAUGCCAGGAAAUGGUAAAAAUACUGUGUAAAUGCACAACAGUCAUGCAUCAAUUUUUCAAUUUUGCCAGAAAAUGUCUUUGCUUCUUCUUACCUCAAAGAAUAUACAAAAACGAAUAUAUCCCAUGGUAUCUUAUACAUAGCUUUUCACUAAAUUGAUGCAUUUUAUGAACACCAUUGAGUUAGAUAAACAUGGGAAAAUGUGUAACAUGAUACAACAGAGAUAACUGUAAUUAAACUUUUUUUAAUAUUCUGUUGGAAUAAAUGUAUAAAUAUAUGUAUGUCCGCUUGAAUAACAGAAAAAAAUUAAUCUUCAACAUCAUCAAUAAGAUAUAGAAAGGCAUCAUUCUCAUAUGUGGGAAAAUAGAACCUGAAAAAAAAAAUAAGUUGAGUUGAAAUCAACUGAUCUAAAAUAGCUACAAACAAAUUGAAUAAGAUAUUUGUGCUCUAGUUAUGGUGGUAGUAGUACUACAUUCAUACUGUCAGAGAUUCCUUUCAUUUUAUGCAGUGCAUGAAAAAACAGGACAGACUAUUUUAAAUGAGUUAUGCUACUACCUGCCUGGCAAGUGUCAAGAGUUAUAUACAUUCACUUACUCUGGUUGAUCAAACACCUUCAAAUCAGGCAGUUCAUAAUGUUUUUCUGCUAUCAUAUGUUCUUCCAGCAAUGAAAAUGAUGUAAAUGAUUCAUCACAACAAAUACAUUUAUUAUUGUGCAUCUGUUUUCUUAUGUAGUUAACUAACUUUAUUUUCUGAUAAAAGUCCAAAUUUUUCGUGAGAAUAAUAAAAUCAAACUCAUGAUCUGCAUCCAUGUGUAAGCAGAGGGUGUUGAUAUUAAGGUCUGUAUAUUGGCAAAAUAAGCAUGUAAUUUUGUCUUCCUUUUCAUUCCAAUCAGAGUAUUCUUCAUCUGAAUUUGCAUGUGCUCCUACAAAAUCAUUUUGUGAAUUAUUAGUCAAGUCAAGUUAGGACAACAUGAAAAUUUUGAAAAAAUGGAAUAAAGGAAUGCAAAAUGUUUCAAAUUUUCCAUUUACUUUAAUGUUGACUUAAUG